ACAAUCCAAACCUGCAAAAAAAAUCACAAUAACCCAAACCAAAAAUCCAUUGAAAACAUAUUUCACACUAAAAUCUUUCUUUUAUUUGGAUAGGGAUAUGCGGAGAACAAAAUAAUUGAAAUGAGAAUCCGUCGACGUGUUGUUGUGGUUGUCCAUUGAAUCACACUAAAAUCUUUUAUUUUGAUUCUUCUCCGAUCGACCUGUUGUUGUUGUUGUCGUCCAGUUUUCUCUUUUCAUUGAUUGUUGUAUUUUGUUCAUGGUAGUUCCUGUCCACUAAUUUAAACCGAUUAAACAAUACAAACUCAGAUUCAAUAUACCCAGAUUUAAAACCUAAUUAAAAAUGAUUUAGAUCUGGAAAAACCUGUAACAAAAAUUGAAUCUUGCGAGAAAGACAUAGCAUGAUAAUGGGUCAAAUUGAACCUCGCGAGAAAGAUGAUAGUAUUCAAGAAAUAGACAAUAAAACUUGUGAAAAAUAAAUUUUCAGAAACAAGCACAAGUGAGAAGUGCUUGGGAGUUGGACUGUGAAAAUGGCAGGCGAAAUCCGUUGAUGUGUUGUUAAAAUUAUUUUUUUUAGGAUGUAUUGUGUUAACUUGUACAGCCAGUUAACAGGUAACUGAUUAAAAGAAGUUGGUGAUGUGGCAAAGUUUAAUUGUAGUGUGUUAGAGGAGUGUGUUAGAGAGUGUGUCCCUAGCACUCCUCAUGUAUAGUAUUAAAAGACAUAACGUGUCACGUUAAUUAUUUAAUGCCUCAACAUAUGUGUCGCCUUUGUAUUAUUGAAUUUUUUUUUCCUACGCUAACAUUUAACUCCUUUUUUUCAGCUCAACAUAUUUCAUGUUUUAUGUUUUGUUAAAGAGCCUAAUCCAAACUCACUACUUAAAAACCCUAAAUUUGCAGCUCCUUUUUUCUUUCACUGUAUCUGUUGCCUCCUUCCUCAUUCAUUAUUCAUCAGCACCAUUCUUCAAUUAACCCACAUUUUCUUUGUUUUGUUCUUUGACAUUCAUAAAUGGAGCAACCACAACACUUAGUAGAACAAAACUUCCCACUCUUCAAACCAUCACGCAAACCCUCAACAAACCCUUCACUCUCCACUUCCAAUUCCCAAACCCAAACCCCUCAAAACGACGUCGUUACGCAUGAAAACCCAACCUCCAACCCCGAAAACACCGCCACCACCACAUUCUCCGAUCUCGGCCUCUCCGAAUGGGCGGUCAAGACAUGCAAAGAGCUCGGAAUGAAGUUUCCACGCCGCGUCCAACAGUACUGUAUCCCAAAGAUUCUAGAAGGCCGUCAUGUAAUUGGAAUUGAUGAGACUGGUAGCGGUAAAACUGCGGCGUUUGCGCUACCUAUUCUUCAGCGACUCGCGGAGCAUCCGUUUGGUGUGUUUGCUCUUGUGGUGACGCCGACUCGUGAGCUUGCGUUUCAGUUGGCGGACCAGUUUCGUGCUCUUGGAUCAUCGGUUCGUCUCCGAACUGCGGUGGUUGUUGGUGGUAUGGAUAUGCUUACACAGACGAAGGAGUUGGUUGCUAGACCUCAUCUUGUUAUUGCUACUCCUGGGAGGAUUAAGGUUUUGCUUAAGGAUAAUCCUGAAAUUGCUCCUGUUUUCGCUAGGACUAAGUUUCUUGUCUUGGAUGAAGCAGAUAGAGUCCUGGAUGUUGGGUUUCAGGAGGAAUUGAAAUUUAUCUUUCAGUGCUUACCCGAAAACCGCCAAAACCUAUUCUUUUCUGCAACCACGACUAGUAAUCUGCAAAAGUUGCGUGAGCGUUAUCAAGAUAAGCUGUAUGCCUUCGAGGCUUAUGAAGGGUUUAAGACAGUUGAAAAACUCACUCAACAAGCUGUAUUCAUCCCUAAAAAGGUGAAGGAUGUAUAUUUGUUGCAUAUCUUGUCUAAAAUGAAAGAUAUGGGCAUUCGUUCUGCAAUUGUCUUCGUCUCUACUUGCAGAGAUUGUCAUCGUUUAAAUUUAAUGUUGGAAGUGCUUGAUCAAGAAGCUGCAGCUCUAUAUUCAUUCAGAUCACAGGCUCAGAGGCUUGAAGCACUUCAAGAAUUUAAAUCUGGAAAGGUUCCUAUAUUAUUAGCAACUGAUGUUGCUGGUCGCGGUUUGGAUAUUCCUACGGUUGACCUUGUUAUCAAUUAUGAUGUUCCAAGGUUUCCACGAGAUUAUAUCCACCGUGUUGGUCGUACUGCAAGAGCAGGAAGAGGGGGACUCGCUUUGAGCCUAGUCACUCAGAAUGAUGUUGAUCUCAUUCGUGAAAUAGAGGCCCUUAUUGAAAGGCAACUUGAAAUGAUUGAAUACAAAGAAAAUGAGGUGCUUUCAUUAAUGAAAAAGGUUUUCAGUGCUAAGAAUGUUGCAAACAUGAAAAUGAUGGAUGACGGCUUUGAAGAGAAAGCUAAAGAGCGGAAAAAACAGAAACUGAAAAUGCUAGAAGAGAAAGGAUUAUUAAAGCAAAGAAGUAAGAGAAAAAGAAAUAAAGAAUUUGCAGAGAAAAGAAAUAAACAGGAAAAAGUGGAAGUAGAUGCAUUAUCAAAUAUAGAAUCUCCAAAAAAAAAGAGUAAGAAGAGAAAGUAAAUGAUAUUUUCUCUAAACACUGAAAGGGUUUUUGAAGAAUGUUGCUUAUUAAGAGGAAAAAUCAAAGACAAAGAAAGAAGUGGACAAACAGGAGCGAAUCAUAGUAGUUUUUCACACAAUUUGUGUCACAUUUAUGAGGGUGGUAGAUUUUGAUUUGGAGUAAUCCUGAGACUAAUCCCUGAAAUGGCUUAUGCAAAUGAUGUGCAAUUUUGGCUAUCAAGAUACUACUAACUUAGUCAACUGGAGAUAAGCUGUACCAAUUUAAACUUAUACUAUGAUGUUUCAUUUUUUUAAGUUGAUUUGAUUGUAAUAUUACAUAUGGCUUCUAUUUUAUUGGGGGAGCAUUUGAUAUUUAGGGCAAUGUAGGACCCAUUGAAAGGACUUAAACUGAAGGAGCAGAUUCCAACUCCUGAAAUACUAUUUGAGCAGUUCUACCAA